UCUUUAAAAAUUUUAACUCUAACCAAUUUCAAUGAAAGAGCAUGCUUCAUAAUGUUAGCGACAGUUUUUAUUAUCACUUCUUUAUGACAAGAUAUAAUAGGGUGAAAUGCCAGCCUUUUGCACAAAAUGUCGUGGUAGAGCCUUGCUGAAGAGACCUAAGACGGGAGAAGCGUUUUGCAAGGAAUGUUUCUAUGAUGUAUUUGAAAGUGAAAUUCACAAGACGAUAGUAACAAACAAGCUAUUCAAAAAGGGUGAACUUGUUGCAAUUGGUGCUUCUGGUGGGAAAGACUCAACAGUGCUGGCUUAUGUCUUAAAAACCCUGAAUCAGAAAUACAAUUAUGGAUUGAAUUUGAUACUACUUUCUGUUGACGAGGGUAUAACUGGCUACCGAGAUGAUUCCUUAGAGACUGUAAAAAGAAACAAAGAUCAGUACGAACUUCCUUUGAAAGUCAUCUCGUACAAGGAGCUUUAUGGUUGGUCGAUGGAUGAUAUUGUGAAACAGAUUGGCUUGAAGAAUAAUUGUACAUUCUGUGGUGUGUUUCGUCGUCAGGCCCUGGAUCGUGGAGCAAUGAUGUUGAAAGUGGACAAAAUAGUUACUGGUCAUAAUGCUGAUGAUAUUGCUGAAACAGUUAUCAUGAACAUUUUACGAGGUGAUAUUGCCAGGUUACAACGAUGCACAGCCAUUACAACAGGAACUGAAGGAGCUAUUCCUAGAUGCAAGCCACUGAAAUACGCUUAUGAGAAGGAAAUAGUAAUGUAUGCAUAUUUUAAGAAGCUGGAUUACUUUUCCACAGAAUGCAUAUACUCUCCAAAUGCCUACAGGGGAUAUGCUCGCACGUAUUUAAAAGAUUUGGAAAAGAUUCGACCUAGUUCUAUUAUAGAUAUCAUCCAUUCAGGUGAAAGUCUAUCAGUGAAGGAUGACGUGAAAAUGCCUGUGCAAGGCACUUGUGCAAAAUGUGGAUAUAUCUCUAGUCAACCUUUAUGUAAAGCGUGCGUCUUACUGGAAGGACUAAACCGUGGUCUUCCAAGGCUUGGCAUUGGCAAAAGCAACAAAACUAAGAUUCGGGAUCUCGUGAAUUCAAUCAACGAACUCAAGACAUAGGCCCAGGCAAGACAAAAUUGGAACUGUUGCUUGGUUGGUGUGCCUUUUAGCCCAUCAUUGACGUUAUAAAUUUUCUCUAAAGAACUUGUAUCUACAUUAUAAUUAUGAAAUACUUCCUGAUGUACGUGUUGUGCAUACUUUAUAUCAGCAAUACGAUGUUUUUAAAUUA